UCCUCAUUUGACUUCCUCUCUCCUCCCAUUUUUGCUGUGUUUACUGCUCAUGACUCAAACUCACUUUGUAUCCUGUUCUCUGAGGAAUACCAGAUCAAAUUCAGCUAUCUCAUCAACUGCUUUUCCUCUAAGGCCCCUGAAUAUGGAUAAGAGUGGUGAACUCCCUAAGGAACCUGCCCCACCUUACCCAGGACCUCCAGCUAAUUAUGGAGGACUAAACAUGGGGCCCCAUCCGGGCUACUCCCCAGCUCAAUACCCUCCUACGGCUGGCUUUACUGCAUACCCUGGACCUGCAUCUCAGCCAGGCCAGCCUGCAAUGUAUCAAGGUCCCAGUCCUGGUGUAAACCCUGGAGAUAUUCCUGUAGCUACAACUGUAACGACAGUAGUGAUGCCUCCUAACCUGCGUGAUGUGCCUGGACAGACUAGAUGUCUUCAGUGUCAACAGGAUGUCAUUACUAGGACAGAGCACAGCUCUGGACUUUUAACAUGGUUCAUAUGUGGAGGUCUUGCCAUUAUUGGGUGUUGGCCAUGUUGUCUGAUCCCAUUCUGUGUGGAGUCAUGUAAAGAUGUGGAGCAUCGCUGUCCAAACUGCAACAAUGUUGUUUAUAUUCACAAGCUAAUGUAAUACCUGUGCUGUCUCAUAGCAGUCCAUUUGGGCCGGAGGACAUAAUCCGCUUCCUUUAUGUUAAUCUGUUAAGGUAAUGGCUAGGUACAGAUUUAUGCAUGAGUGAUUUUCUUAUCUUUAAUUGCAGGACAUCCAAUAAAAUCACUAAAACUAAUAUAGAUUCAGUCUGUCACUUACUCAUUAAGGGAAGAUCAAUGACGGUGUUCUAAUGAGCCACCGUGAUGAUCCUGAUGGUGAUGGUGAUGAUGAUGAUUAUGGCAUGGAAAUGAGAUAAUAUAGGGUAAAGAAAUCAAGGAAAAAACAAUAGUAAUAUGCAAGCUCUUGAGAUAGCUCCCCACUUGCAGAAAUGUUUCUCCACCAGAGAAAUGUCAGACUGAAUCUGUGGACAAGAAAAAGGUUAGACUAGACUAGAAAAAAAAAAAUACUCCAAUUACCACAUGUAAAAAGUUUGACACAGACUGGAAAAUCACGACUUUGGUCAUUUGAAUGAAUUUUUUUUCUUUUUGCUUUACGCAGAAUGUCUAUUUUGCUAACAAAUGAAUUGAACUUUGUGGAGACUCCUUCAUGUGUAAUGCUAAAAGCUAGGCAUAUCAAAGUACAGCUAGCCAGAUGACAAGUAAAAUGUAAUGAAGAACAUGCUAUCGAUACUAUAUGUCCAAAGGUUUGUAGACACCUCUUUUAAUGAGUAAAUUCAGCUACUUUUAAGGUUGAACCAGUGCUGGCCUAUGCAUGCAAAUGGGCUCACAUAGCUUGCAUAAUCUCCAUAGAAAAGUAUAGUCCAUACAAUGGGAUGCUCUGGAGCAGCCACACAUGAGCCUAAGGAUAUCGUGCCCAAUGUUAAGUGUCAGACAGAGGGAUAUAGAGCGUAACCCAGCAUAAGCACCCGACCUCACUAAUUGUGGCUGAAUGCAGUCAAAUCCUAACAGCAGUGUAGUGUAAAGCUUUCUGAGAAGAGUAGAGGCUGUCACUGCAGGAAACGCAGAACAAAGUCUGGUCCAUAAACUUUUGGGCAUGUACUGUAGUUUGAAUAAAUUAUCCUGUCAUAUUUGCAUAUGUGGUUAUCCAGGUUUCAGAUUUGUUUACCACAGUAGUGUCAUCACUUAAGAGUGACCUGAAGGAAAAAAAACAGUGUAAACAUUUCUUCUGUUUUUCUUUGAUUACCUUGUUGUUUAAUGUUGUUAAUUUUUGUUGCAUUACACAAGCAGAAGUGACAAAUAAAAUAAUCAAAACUGA